UAAAGCGGUUAGAUUUGCAACAGGUCGCGAGCAGUGACGUUUUGAGAGUGCACCGAAUUUUUUUGUGCACCGAAUGCAUGACUAGUGUCUAGAGAUCUCGCGCUGAGCUGAAUAAAAAAUGCCCUGUAAAGCCGACACGUGCCCGACAUGCAGCAGGACCGUCGGUAUAUUUGCAGCCGGAGCUCGAGACAGACGCGAGCGCAGACACACCACACAGCGUGUUUUCCCAUCCGACAUUUUCCUACAUUAUUUCACACUGUGCACUGCGUGAACCCCUGAGACAUGCACAUAUGCGUCUCUGUUUUAAUUUCACGCGGCAAUGAUGCAUCACUUAAUGGUGAUGAUGAUGAAGAUGAUGAAGAUUCGGAAGUACUCGGCAUCUGCGUGAGGAACUGUGUCACCUCUAACCGUCUGAUGCAGAGCAAACGUGACAUUCAGCAGCAAUAAUAAUCUACCAACGUUAACUCAAUGGAAUCUAACCCAGGCAACCCUCAUAAUGAGCCCAAACUAUGCUACAAGACCAGACGCAAAAACCAGCACCAAGAGGCCACUGUGCCUGCUGAUGUGAGAGGAGGAAAAGGGACAUUCCUUGUCAAAAAAGGAGGGAAGUCAAUAGAUUCUCCUAUGCAAACCAAAACACCAAACAGUACUGUUAUACCAAGCACUCCGCCCACUUUAGCUCCUGCAUCUGCUUCAGCAUCACCAACUGCUUCAAGAACACUUCUUGUCCCAGCAGCUGGAGCUUCGUCAAUUACUUCCACCAUAAUUCUUCAAAACAAAAACCCUGACAAGCAUGCUGUUGGAACCAUUCAAGGGACCACACUGACUACUGAAACCAGUGAGCACAAGAUAAAGUAUUCCAGAGAAGGAGAACUGAAGAGCUCUGUUAAAAACUUCUCCAAAACCAUCAAUAAAACCACAACUCAUAGUAGUGCAACCACAAAUUUGCAGAAAAGCCUACAAAAAACAACUCCAGCAGUUGUAGCUACAAGAACAGUCUUGCCUAAAAGUGUCCAACAAACAUCUCUUUCUGAAGUCCCCAGAACUAUGUCCAGCCCAAAGCUCAGAUCCAGUCCUACUCCAACAAUCGCAAUGGACAGAGCUGAAUCCUAUAAUGUGGGGAGAAGCAAUGAGAUGGUUCCAUUAAUUGCACACAAACUUGAAUCUAAGGACAACGGGGCAUGUGUGAUGGAAGACAGUCAAGAGGUGCAAAGUUUGCAGCCACUGGAGACAAAAGAAGGCAAGAUAGCAAUAGUUCAGAGGGAUAAAGAUGAAGAGAAUAACAGAGACAGGAAAGAAGAAGAAGGUAUACUUACACAAGUUCGAUGCAGUCUCAAAGGAAGUGACAUCACUCUUCAGAUGGCAUCUAAAUGUCCCCUUUUGCCUCCAGGGGCAACAACCAUCUCCACAUCACAGGUGAAGAAGACAGCAAGCAGGACAGAUGGAAAUGCCAUGCCCCAGGAGAGAGAUUGUGAGAGAGAGAAAAGAAAGGAUUGGAAGGAAGGUAUAGAAGGACGAGAAGCCCUUGAAAAGAUAAGUGGACAUAAAGAGAUAGAGCAAGAGAAAAAGACAGAAGAGAAAAUAGAGAAAGAACGGACUGGCCAGGACAGAAACAGCAAAGCCAAAGAGAAAGAAAAGGAAGAAAAAGAAAUAGAAGAGUCAAAAAAACUGAACAAGAUCAAGAGCUUCAAAGAUUCUGCAGCAAUGACAGAGGAGAACCCUGUUCCUGUCCAAACACUUGAUGCUGCCCUGCAGACAGACCUCUUGUAUGAAGAUGCUGAAAUUCAGGCUGUUGUAGAGGUCAGCAACAAGUCCACAUCCAUGAGUCCAAACAUGACAUACUGGAGCCAAAUGGAUCCUAUGGCUAACCUCAGCAACCAUAAGAAGGUUUCUGGAACUGCCAGUAUGGGCAUACAAAAUGGACCUGGCCAAGAUAUCAGCUUAGAUUCAGCACCAAUAACCUUUGCAUCAGAUGGAUCCAUGGCUAAAGGUCUGAGUCCAACCGCUUUCCAGUCUUCCAUAUCCUCCAAACCUACUCGGCAACAUGUCUGUGAAAUUCAGAUCGAAUUGCGCAGCCAGUCUACUAUCUCUGACAGUCUGGCUUUGCCAGAAGAGGAGGAGUCACAACCAUCUCCAACAAGAUCUGGCCCUGAAAGGGAACCCAAACAAGUGGACAAAGAAGGAAACCAAGCAGAGACUGGUCCACUUCCAGAGGUGGCGUGGGAUGAGCAAGGCAUGACGUGGGAGGUUUAUGGGGCGGCUGUGGAUAUGGAGUCUCUUGGUUUUGCCAUCCAGAAUCACCUCCAGCGCAAGAUCCAAGAACACGAGGAGCGCAUUGGACACCUCCGCAAGUCCAUCUCACUCUCCGAGCACUCAAAUAGUGAUGGGAAAAAAGGAAGAAAGAUCAAGAAGAAAAGGAAUGCCUUCCGGUCACUAUUCCAAACAUCCACUUGUUGUUUGAAGACCAAAUCUGAAGCCUAAAUGGCUGUAUGCUGUAAGUUCGGACCACAGCAACUAAGUGUGAAUUUGUGAGAGAACUUUGAGAACAUUUAUUGGAGUUCUAGGCAGCUGUUUUCUGUUAGACUGUUAUGUUAGAGUGGUAGAGACAAGACAGGGAGGUGUGGUAUGAAUAGAGGAACGUUUAGAUGGAUUUAAGGUUAACUAGGUUUCCUUAUUGCAGUAACAUAAAAUAAAUGGCAUUGGCCCAAACACGAUGAUCCCCAGACAUCUGUGGUCUGGAGUAAAAAAGAGAAAAUCGGGUGGCAAACUUCCUCGUGGUAUUGUAGCACUGCGUUCCAGACAUGCACACUGUAUGUUCACGCAGUUAGCCCAGUUAGCCAGGUAUUGUAGCUCACACUGAUGCACUUUAGCGUCACCUGAAUCCAUUUGUUGUAAUUCACUGGUUUAAUUCAUUGCUGAUAGACAUAGUUUGUCAGAAGUAAUAAUCUUUGGCUAGAUGGUACUUCUUAAACGUUCACUUUGGUAUUAUAUUCUGUGUUGUUAGACCAGUAUUUUCCAGUCCUUGUCCUUGUGUACCAAUCAGCUACACAUUUCAUGGUACCAUAUCUUGUUUACUUCCUGAUUUUCCCUCAAUUUAUGCUCCAGUUCUACGUUUCCCACACCAUGAUUAUCAUUACUAGUAUCAUUUUGUCUUGAUAUCAAGUGUAUAUGUCCUUCCUUUGGGCUGUUUGCACAGUCUUGCAUUACACCACCGUAAAUUUAAGCUGUGUUUCAUAAUUUCCUAAUUUUGUACUUGCCUUGUUUUCACUUCCAAGUUAGUUAUGGUCCAAAAUUGUUGGAUGUUUUAAUGCGUUUCAAUGAUGACAGUAGCUGCAUUAGUUUUGAUUUCAGAACAUCUCUUAGAGAAUCUGCUAUAAAGUUCAUUGUUUCCUGAUCUUGGAGUACUAGUAUUUCCUGCAUCCAGCACACCUGAUUGAGCUGAAAAGAAAUGUGUUAGUAUGGGAAACAUACUAAACUUGGUAUAUGGCAAAGGUUCUCUGGGACCAGAACUGAAAAAGGCUACUCUAGUCUAAUGGUCUUGAAUAAUGAUCAAUAUUUAAUCAUUUCCAUUAGAACUGUGAUCAUUCAUUCAUGCAUGUAGUUUUGGGGUUUGGUGGUUGUGUGUUUGUUUGUGUUUUUGGAUAACAUGUAUCAUUCCCAAUCACACACUGAAAUUAAAAGGGAAAACUGAAAAGACAUUGUUUGUUCAUUACCUGCCUGCACAAAUUGCCUUUUCCUCCCUCUGAAGGCUCCCAGUGGAAUAUCUGCCCCACUUUCUGUAAAGGUGAAGUGUGUAUGAAU